CCAUCUGACCGCAUACCUGCUCUCCAUCUUGCUCUCUUUCCACAUACAGUACGUGUCUUCCACCACCCCUGCAUACUUCUUGACCACUGCUGAAUUCUUGGUUCAGUUAGCAACGGAAGAACGACAGCUCCUAUAGCUGCCACAUUCUGAGAUAAGGGUAGGUGUCCACAGUAAUGAGGUGCUUUUCACCACAAGAGUGUGUACUGAGCCAUAUUGUAAUUCAAUACUUCGUCACAUGCUCUGAUAACUACUACACACUUGGCAAAUCUGUUUAAAACAUUUUGAUAGUCUCAGUUUGUUGAUCUGACUUAAUGUUCACACCCAUGCGUGCUGCCCCUUCUCAUCUUGUUUAUAUUUCAGUAUUCUUUUUAUUUCAUGUUUAUAGGUACAAGCGGCCCCCCUCGCGAUUGGAGCUGAUCCUUGUUUGAAAUGGAAUGUGGCUCAGCUGCUCUGCUAGCCAGUUAGCCUACCCCAGGGUCGCAAUAAAAACGUGUACUCAUUUUGUUUCUAUUAUAGCGAUCAAUACUCUAAUUACCUUAUUGGUGUUGUUUAUAAAAAAACACCUCCAUCUUUAAUAUCUUGCAGAUACUAAUUUUACAAUUUUUUUUUUAUUAUUAGUCUGACUUUACCUCAGCGAUUUAGUAACGCACUAAACUGGAGGCACCGCAGACUUAUUCCUCAUUGUCUCAAUUACAGGGAACGCAUCGUAUGCGAGAUGGCCAGACUGCAUAUGGAUGAGGCCCCACGUUUACCUCCAACACCCACAGCUGUCACUCACACUGUUCCAUCCUCUCAGUGAAUCAAGGAGUCCAGGAAUACAUUUCAAGGCCUCUCCGCUGCGCUGGAUUCACAGAAGAGCAAAGUCCAUAACAUGGCUUCUCAGACUCCAGCUCUCCCGCAGUCCUUCAGUCCCGGAACCGAUAGCGUGUUCUCCGACCAGUCUGGCUUUUACUCUCUGGAUUCCAACGUCCCCGGCCUUUCAAAGGUGAUUCUCAACAAACUGGAUAUGAAGGAUUACGGAGAGUACAGGACCACUGUGCAGGAGAAGGUCAAAGGUUUCAAAUUCCAAAACUAUAAAGACAUGUUCCAGAGAAUGGAAGAGACAUUUCAGUUUUGUACCGGCUGCAAAAAACUGCCCGAGCAUCUAACUGAAGGACAGUCCCUGAAACGCUGCGUGAAGUGCUUAAAUGUAUACUACUGCACCAAGGACUGUCAGAAAAAAGACUGGUCUCAGCAUAAAAAAGUAUGCAAGACGCUGCGACUAGUGGCCAUCGACAGAUUAGUGGAAUGGCUGAUUUUUACAGGUAACUUGCCAUUGCCGACUGAAAAGUGGUCCAAACCGGCGGUUGAGGUGAAGAACUGGGAGGACUGGAUCUGCAUGAGGGGGGACCUGACACCACAUCUGGACGCAGUGAUAGCUGAUACAAACAUGGAAACCAUUUGGAAAAAUGUCAGCAGGACGCGGCCGGAUGAUGCUGACCUACGACAGUCUCUGUGGCGCCUUCAGAGCGAGUUCCUUUCUCGCGUUCUCACUGUCGGCAGUGCCGUUCAGAUGUGUGGCCUGGAUCCAAACACGAAGCCCCUUACUGUUCACAUAGCAGGGGCGUCCCAUAAUGAGACAAUGGGAGCCAGGCUGACCGACUUUGAUGAGCUUGGCCACAUGUUCCCUGAACACGAGGGCAUAGAGAUUGUCAUGGUGGGACCCGAGGUUGUAAAUGGCCCCAUCCUGAGGCCUCCACUUAAGGCAUUUGGUCCGAGGCGAAUGGUCUUCAUCAGUGCCUACAAGGGUCUCUACCACCAGUUCUGGGAGGAGUUGGUGGAAAAAGAAGAGGCAGCUAAGCCGGACCUGGUGGUGGGAUUUCACCCAGGUUUCCAUGCUAACCAGGGUCUAAUUGAAGGAUGGCUACCUACCCUUCUGUUGCUCAGAGAUUAUGAUAUACCUUCUUUCUUCACCAUGUACAGUGAGAUGGAGCUAACAUACUCACUGCAGAUUCUUCAGGAGCUGGAGAUGUGCAUCAAGGACCAUGGGCCCAAUCCAUUCACCUCUCUUAAACCAGAGCAGGUCCAGGCGUCACCCAAUAAAACCCCAGUCUACUGCAACUCCCACUAUGUCUUCUUCCAGGGACUGAACCAACAAGAGGGAUUGGAAGACCCACUUGGGGACAACUAAAGGGAACAGGGAAAAAACAAAAGGAUUUUUUUGUCCUGAAUAAAGGAGACAGUUACAUUCUUAUUUAUUUCAAAUAUUUCAAUAUUCCUCCAUCUAGCCCAGG